UGCGCGUCUACUCUGGGAGGACAUAAUCUUCGCUUUUAACUCCCGCACGUGCGUCCACCGCAAACACCGGCUGUUUGGUGAAACCGGUAAAGCCCAGAAGUUACCCGUUUAUUUCCACGCGUCUCUUUCAUGCGAGGAUGUGAAUUUGCAGACGACAAUUUAGAUCUGUGCAAUGGUUUUGACCCUCGCGCUCCAAACAGAAAUGGAUCUCUCUUCUUCUACGGGUACAUGAAUCUGAGUUCCACCGGCCAGAUGCCUGAGAUGGAGGAAGUUGACACCAUUGAGAGCAACUGGAUGGCGAAGAGGGUUGCUCUUAUCAGCUUCCUGUCACUGGUCAUGCUCAUGAGUGUCUUGGGCAACCUGCUGGUUAUGGUGGCCGUCUGCAAGGACCGGCAGCUCAGGAAAAUAAAAACCAACUACUUCAUCGUCUCACUGGCAUUUGCUGACCUGCUGGUGUCAGUGCUGGUGAUGCCGUUCGGUGCCAUAGAACUGAUCCAUUUGAACUGGAUCUACGGAGAGACCUUCUGCCUGGUCCGCACCUCUCUGGAUGUGCUGCUGACCACCGCCUCCAUCUUACACCUGUGCUGCAUAUCCCUAGACAGGUAUUACGCCAUAUGUUGCCAACCGCUGGUCUAUGGGAAUAAAAUGACACCGAUGAGAGUGGCUCUAAUGAUCGGCGGAUGCUGGAUAAUCCCAACCGUUAUUUCCUUUUUACCCAUAAUGCAGGGCUGGAACAGUAUUGGAAUAAACGAUUUGAUAGAGAAACGGAAGUUCCUCGGCAACUCCACGGUGUGUGUUUUCAUGGUGAACAAGCCAUACGCUCUGACCUGCUCAGUUGUGGCCUUCUACUUACCACUGAUCCUGAUGGUUCUGGCCUAUCAGCGCAUCUACGUCACGGCCCGGGAACACGCCCGGCAGAUCAACCUGCUAAAGCGGGCUGGGAACGCGGCCUCGGACAGUGCAGACCACCAACGCAACCACCGCAUGCGCAUUGAGACCAAGGCUGCCAAGACUUUGUGCAUAAUCAUGGGCUGCUUCUGUCUGUGCUGGGCUCCUUUCUUCAUCACGAAUGUGGUGGACCCCUUCAUAGACUACAGUGUUCCUGAGCAGCUGUGGGCCGCCUGUCUCUGGCUGGGCUACAUCAACUCCAUGCUUAACCCCAUCCUCUAUGCAUUCCUCAACAAGUCCUUCCGUCGUGCCUUCCUCAUCAUUCUCUGCUGUGGACACAAGCGUUACCGAAGACCUUCCAUCCUAGGUACUGGAACGCCCUGCCCGGCCACACAGAUCAAUGGCUCUACACAUGUCUUGAACGGCUGCUCCUCUGCCUCCAAACUGCUCCUCUGGUUCUGCAACACUAGGCCUGUUCCUGUCUAAUGCUGUGUGGGGAGAUCUCAAGUAUUCAGUUCUUCACAAUGGAAACCACGGUGAGCAGGAGAAACUGUCAGUACAGCAUGACACAGAGUCCCAGGAAUCAUGUUUAUGACACCGGUCACCCUCUAAUGAGGACCAUCACUGGAAGACGCCAUGUGGCUCAGACACAACCAGACCAUUUCAGGACUAAAAUACUGACAGCCGGACUGAACUAUUUGCUCAAAGAGCUGAUGAACAAUAAAGGAAAGAACAAUUUUGCCAAAGUUACUUUGGUAUAUAUUUAGGUAUUUCUUUUUGUGGAGGAGUCUUGGUAAGAUUUCCCCAAUACUUUGUGUAUUUCCUCUUUGGUUCUCUUGGGAAUACUACUUCUAAACCAAAAACAUCUAAUAAGCUUUAUGUGGAGAGACUCCCUUCAGAUCUGGAGUCAGAAUAGCACUUCUGAAGGUAUUAAGAUUAAGAUUUCUUUCCUUUUAAUAAAGGAGAGUUAAAAACAUUCACCCGACCGUAUAAAAAGCUGAAAACACAGCUAAGGGAAUUAAAAAGUUUUCUUUUAAGCAUUGAAAUCCCACAAGGGCCUGUGACGCUUUAUAGUGAUUUUCGAGGGAAUAACAAAUUUAAAUGUGAGAUCAAAGAAUGUAAGGAUUCAAUUUUUCUUUCCAAAUCAAGGAUAGAGAGGAUUCAAGCAUCUUUCUAAAAGAAUAAUAGUCCACCUUAGGAUAGAGUGUGAUUCAAAGUAACACCACAAAAUUCCUCAAUUUAAAUAUAUCUAGUCUUAAGAAAGUGAAAUAUUCUUUGUUUUAUAUCCUUUUUGUGAUAUAUCUUUAUUCCAAGGAUUCUGGCAGGAAAUUACGUAUUUUCAUAAUGUUUUUAGGGCUGUCAAACGAUUAAUCACGAUUAAUAAGCUUUUAUACAUGUAUGCCUGUGUACUGUGCAUAAUAAUUUGGUAUUUAUAAUAACAUACACACAUGCAUAUAUUAAAAAGAAAAAUAUAAACAUUUAUAUAUAAUAUACAUUAUUGGAAAAUAUACAUUUACAUAUACAUUUAGGCAUUUGGCAGACGCUUUUAUCCAAAGCGAAUUACAUUGCUUUAUCCUAUACAUUUUACAUAGGUAUUCAAACAUAUAUAUCGAACCCACAACCUUGCGUUGUUAAUGCAAUGCUCUUACCACUGAGCUACAGGAAAGCUAGUGGUAAAAAAUACAUGUAUAAAAAAUACAUGUAAAUAUUUCCGAAAUAUGUAUACAUGUGUGUAUAUGUUUUUGAAGAAAAAAAAAUGAAUAAGCACUGUAAACAGACAUAUACUGUAUAAUGUAAACGCAAACUUUUAUUCUGGAUUCAAUUAAUUGCGAUUUAUCGUUUGACAGCCAUAAUUUUCUUACUUCAAAGGGAUAGCUCAACCAAAAAUGAAAAUUCUUACAUUAAUUACUCACUCUCCAGUUGUACCAAACCUGUAAACAUUUCUAUGUUUCGUUGAACACAGAGAAAGAUAGUUUGAAGAAUGCUUGUAACCAAACAGUUCCACCAUUGAGUAUCAUAGUAGGAAAAGUGCCCCAGAACUGUUUGCUGUCCUACAUUCUUCAAAAUAUAUGUAUUUUUUCCUGCCAUGGUAGUCAAUUGGGUCCAAGAACUCUUUGGUAACAAGCAUUCUUCCAAAUAUCUUUCUCUGUUUUCAUCAAAACAAAGACAUUUAUACAGAUUUGGAACAACUCAAAGAUUAGUCCAUUUUUGUUUUCGGGUGAACAGUCCCUUUAAAAUCUCCUGCACUGUAAGACAUAAAGCUCAUUGAGCAAUGAGGUGUGCUGGUCAAAGACAACAAUCAUUUCAAGUUAAACUAGCUAAAUCACAAACAACUAAAGCAGAGAUGUGAUCGUCUGAAUCUCAGAUUAGUGGUGUGCUUUACAUGCAUCUCUAAAUACAUCCAUUUCCAUGGGAACUUCACUUCCAGGGUUCUCCUCUGACCUGAAUAGCUCAGUAUUAAACAGCUAUGUGAAGUCUGUUGGCUGUACCUGCUACUGAGAAUGUGUCAAGGCACUUAAACAAAAAUCUUUGGUAACCGCGAGCAGGACCAAAUUUCUCAGCCACAGUGUCUUAAACUGCAUUGGCUGAAGAUGACCACAGUUUACCCAAACCUGUUUGACUGUUCCUUCUGUGGAAUGCUAAUGGCUGAGUUUAACAGAACGAGCAUUGUAUAACUUUAAAGACUUGAACAAUUGACAUUUGAGACUAUGGAAAUGUUGCAUUCUGUUCCACUGAAAAGAGUAGGUCAUAAAUGUUAGGAACACAUGUUUUGUGGCAAGUGAUACACGUAAAUUGUUUGGGGGUGCACUGUUUCUUUCUAAGGGUAUUAAGUGCGCUACUAUAUGUAAAUGCUUCCUGGACAUCGAAAAGAAAAAUUCACAGCUGCUAAAGAAUUUUAUUUGUCUCCAUAACAAAAUUUCAGGUUCAAAAUGAGAGAUGUUUUUUUUUUGUUUUUCUAACUAAAAACCCUCAAAGUAGUGACGUGCCAUAGUAAAGCUUACUGGCAGCUGAGGGUUUGAAGUGAUAGUUAACCCAAAAAAAAACCUUCUUUCAUCACUUAGUCACCGUCUUUUCAUUUCAAACCUGUAUGACAUUCUUGAUUCUGUAGAACACAAAAGAAGAUAUGUUGAAGAAGUUUAGGACCUGGCCCGCAUUCACUUGGAUGGUUUUGUGUCUAUACAAUAAAAGUGAACAGGGGCCAGUGCUGUUCGGUAACCAACUUUCUUCAAUAUAUCUUCUUCUGUCUUCUGCGGUCUUACAGGUGUUAAAUGACAAGAGGAUCAGUUAAUGAUUACAGAAUUUUCUUUUUUGGGUGAUCUAUCACUUUAAGUAAAUCUGUCCCAAACAAUGUCCUGCUAAAGCAGAACUGACUGAGAAGUGAGAACAACAUACACCCCAUAAUUCCAGCACCUACAGGUCUGCUCAACCUUUAACUGUGCCUCUGCCUAAAACCAGUAACCAUUGGGAACACUACCUGUUGCUUGAAUUGAUUAAAUACAUUUUGAGAUAAUAAAGUUUGGGUGUCAGGCAGGUUUCAUCUGAGGAACAGUUCCAUUUCUGACAGCUACACAGAAGUGUCCACAUAAGACAAUUUAAAUAUCAAACAUCUACAGUUCAGCAAGAUCAUCUGUUUGAUUUUUAAACAGUGACCUCUCCUGAAAAUAAAGCACUUGUAGCACUUUUUAUAAGAAUCUAAUUAUCGUAUCCACAAGUCAUUCAGUAUUCUGGUCACGAAUUGGUUAUUGCAGUCCAAAAUUAUAUAUGAAGAAUAUGAAAGCUAAUGAAUUAAUUUGAGUGUGAAAUUAUAUCAAAUCAUUUGUCGGACACUCUGUGACAUGAUGAAGGAACCAAUCAGGAGACAGACAAGGAUUUGAUCCACCAAUGGGAGAAAUGAUAAUGGCUUUGUUUGUUGUAAUUUCCUGUUUUGCAAACCAAACCCUAAGAGAGGGAAUGACCAAUUUAUUUGUUUUCAUGUUCUGUAUGUUUAUCGACUGAUAUUUAAUUUCUAAGGUAGAGCUUAGUUUUUGAAGUCCAUUUUGAUUCGAUUGUACAUAGGAAUAUAUUUGUAUGCAAAAAAUGAUGUGCGUUCCCUAAAUGCUUUAGUCGGACAUUUCUUCUUCCAGCUUGGUAUAUCAGUGAAUGCUGACCGUGAACUCAACAGUGUCAUUUAAUGCUAUGUCUAGAUAAGCUGUAUACCAGGCUACGUAUUUUUUUAAUUAACAAUCAAACAUGUACAUGGCCGUGCCUUCACAUCCAUCACAGAUAUACAAGAGCAUCGAUGUACAGUGAAACUGUGCAAGUUAACACAAACACAUGCUUUCAAAUAUUACAAAAUGAACAUAAAACAGUACAAUCAAAAUUUAUCUGUAAACCAGGCACCCGUGGUGGUCUGGUAGAUUAUGUCCGAGUGUAGAACUCAUUAUUGAUCUUCGAUUUUCAAUUAUGUAGCAUUCUUUGAUUUUGAAGAAUUUUGUCCGUAGCAAACAGCUUGCACAUUUUCACAUCAAUUGUUGGAUGGAUGUCAUUCUGCUGUUUAGAUGAAGAUGGAUAUUUGGUGUUUUAAGCUAAAAGAAGAACAAUGACUGUAAGUGAUCUAGAAGGCAAAUCUUCCCUGAGUUUGUUAUGAGCCCAGAUCGAUGUAGAUGGAUUUAAAAAAAGUAGCCAUGACAGUAUCUAAAACACUCCUACAUGAGCCGUAAAUUAUUGAAUUAAACAAGACAGUCAAAUACGACUGAAAUAACAUUCAAAGCUCUCCCCAAACACUAAUGUCCAGCUACCAGACAUUCAGCGCUAUCAUUAAUGUCAGGAUUUCACGUGAAAUUGCUUCGUAGAUCGAUGCAUCAGGCCUCCGUAACCGUGCUUUUAAAACUUCACACAUGAUAUUACACCUCAGAGCCCUGAUGGCUGAAGUUUGAAGCACGAAUGUGUUGUAAAUCUCCCAACAAAUUGUAGAACUUUUUUAAACUCAGUAUUUAUUUUGAUGGAUUAAAGAUUGAUAUUUUCAUGUAAGGCUUCUCUAUCAGGGAGCUAUGUGUAUUACUUUUUCUGUUGCUAUGUGACAGCUCUAAAAAUGAUUAUUAAAGACUACAAGAUGUUAUUAAC